GAGCGAGACCGGGUACGCCUGCGCACUGGCUUCCGAGGGAUUUUUCCCCACCUUCCUCUCGGCGGGUACUCGCUCGCUCGCUCGCUCUCCCUCGGUGCGAGUGCGCACGCGCUAGAAUGGAACGGACCCGGAAGAGGAAGCCACGCGGGACCCGGAAGCAUCCUCCUCCACCGCCUCCUGCACCGCCGCCUCCCCCACCCCCUCCGGAAGAGAUUGACGACCAUGCGGCCGACGGCGUCUUCGGGGAGGGAGGGGUUCCGUCCUCCGCGCACCUUCCGGUUCCGGUUACUGAUCCGGACUCGGCCUCGGCGUCCGCUUCUGCUUUCGAACAGGAGGAGGACAUGGCUCUGUUCGAGCAGAUGCGUGCCAACGUGGGCAAGCUGCUCAAGGGAAUCGACAGGUACAACCCUGAGAACCUGGCCACCCUGGAACGCUACGUGGAGACCCAGGCCAAGGAGAACGCCUAUGAUCUGGAAGCCAACUUGGCUGUGCUAAAGCUAUAUCAAUUCAACCCGGCCUUCUUUCAGACCACAGUGACAGCCCAGAUUCUACUGAAGGCCCUCACCAAUCUCCCCCACACGGACUUCACUCUGUGCAAGUGCAUGAUCGACCAGGCUCACCAAGAAGAGCAGCCCAUCAGGCAGAUCCUGUAUUUGGGGGACUUGCUAGAGACCUGUCAUUUCCAAGCAUUCUGGCAUGCCCUGGAUGAGAAUAUGGAUCUCCUUCUCCUUAAUGGCAUCACAGGCUUUGAAGACUCAGUCCGAAAAUUUAUCUGCCACGUGGUGGGCAUCACGUAUCAGCAUAUUGACCGCUGGCUGCUUGCUGAGAUGCUGGGAGAUCUGUCAGACAACCAGCUGAAAGUGUGGAUGAGCAAAUAUGGCUGGAGCUCCAACGAAGCAGGACAGGUUUUCAUUUGCAGUCAAGAGGAGAGCAUCAAGCCCAAGAACAUUGUGGAAAAGAUCGACUUUGAGAGUGUUUCCAGCAUCAUGGCCUCUUCCCAGUAGCUCCUUGUGCCUAUUGUCCCCUUUUUCCUGCCUUUUGUUUCCCCUCACAGCCAACUUGUUAAAUAAAAGCCCUUUACUUCCUG